UGCUGUGGACGCUGCUGGUUACUAGGCAGGUCUUUUAAAUCAGUAUUUAUUAUUAUUAUUAUUAUUUUUAAAUGCCGUAAGCACUAUAUAUAUAUAUGUUUGUCAUUUUACAGUGUACUGAUAGUGUAUUAAGUUAUUUUCUGCGAAAGAUUUACCAUCUAUUCAGUAUUCGUUCGAAGGAUCCCCUGUUCCUGAAAUAAGGGAAACAUGUCUGUUGCCAAGGAGGAGGCUUUAUCUCCAGAUGAGCUGAGGAAGAGACUUUACCAAACAUUUAAGAACCGAGGCGUGCUUGAUACUCUUAAAACACAGCUUCGUAAUCAGUUAAUCCAGGAAUUAAAACACCCAGUCGUGAGUGGAGAAAGAGUUCCUAGACUAGUACCUGUGAAGUCGGACUCGGUCCUGGUUACUGCUUCUAAUAGCCUGGUAGCAGAUCAUUUGAGGAACUCUGGGUAUGAGUAUACCUUGUCUGUCUUCUAUCCUGAAUGUGGCCUGGGUAAAGAUAAGAUUUUCUCUGCAAAAGACCUCCUUCAGCUCAUGAAAAUCAGUCCUCAGUCACCCCUUUACACAUCUCUGACGUCAUUCACACAGAAAGACAAUAAAGGUUUCCUGAUGAGCCUCCUAAUACAGCUGACUGACCAUCACCUGCAUGGAAAACAAUGUGACGCUGAUACUCAGACCGUCACUGUGCCAGCGUUUAAAGACUCCCUUGUGGACAAGAUGAAAACGAUUGACGAGGAGUAUGAAGCUCUGCGCUACAAAGGGGACCAGUGGGUGUCAUAUGAAUCUAAGCUCGCUGCGUAUCGGAAAGAAAUCGAAGCGCAGGUUCAAGCGGAAAUGAAUGCCCAGCUGCAACAUUUUAAAGAUCUGGAAAUAGCCAAAGUGAAGAUGGUGGAAAAAGAGAAAUCUCACAAAGAAAUGUUGAAGCUGAGGCAGGACUUGGAGAGGACUUAUGAGAUGAAGUCCGAGUCAUUAAUCACCAGGGAGAAGAACGCCAUUGAUCGACUACAGAAACAACAAGAGAUUGAGGAAAAGGACAUCUAUAUGCAGAGACAAGCUGUGUUGAAAGAAAUAGAAUCUGUGCGGAACAGAGAAGCUGAGCUCAGAUUAAGAAUGGAGGCUUUUGAAAGGACCUGCAAAAUACAGGAAGACAAGACGAAGACCAUGGAGGACCUACUGAGAAGAAGAGAGCUCGCUGUGAGGACAAUGGAGGACACCUACGACCAGAAGCUCAAAAAUGAGCUUUCAAGAUAUCAGCUUGAGUUGAAGGAAGAGUACAUCAAAAGGACUGAAAAGUUAACAGAAUAUGAAAACAGAAACAAAGUGGAGUCUGUUCGCAUUGAGAGGGAUUCCGCUGAGGUCAGUGCCAAGCUAGAGGAACACAACCGAGCUUGUGCUGAGUUGAGACGACUGCAGUUGGAGCUGGACACAUUCCAGUCGCAGAGCUCUUUGCUUACACAGCAGAACGAGCUGCUGAGAGAGAGGCUGGAGGCCACGAAGGACUACCCCACCCUGAGGAGAGAGAGGGGGGAGCUGCAGACCCAGGUCAGGCUGUUGAACAAACAGCUAGAGGAGGCUCAGGAGGAGAACCAGCGGCUACAGACAGAUCUGAGCAGGCCGUCGGUGGAGCAGCUGGCGCUGCAGGCAGAGCUGAGGAGGAUGGAGAGCGCCAAGAGGCUGUUGGAGGAGGAGUUUGACAGCCACAGACAGGUGCUGCAGGCCCAGCUACAGAGCGAGUUGGAGCGCUGUGCCCAGUAUAAGACCCAGCUCCUAGAUUGUGAGGAGAGGGCUCAGUGGAUGGCCAGCCAAGUGGAGGACAUCAAGAUGCAGCUCAGACAGACACAACUAGCUCUGGAGAACGAGGUGUUACGGAACCCGAAGCCCUCCCUAGUGGACCGCUCGGUGCUGGACUUCAGUCCCCAUAAACUACAGCCCCCUGACAUCUAUGUGGACAGAGGUGUGCUGAGGGCCGGCCUGGUGGGUCAUGAUGACGCGCGUGAAGCGGGAGUGGUGCCCUCUCGAGGGCGGAGUCCCCGGUGGGGGCGGAGCAGCUCCCCUGACUCUGACACUGAGCUGCUGGCCAAUGCCAAGGCCCGGAUCAGGGAUCUGGAGGAGGAGGCCGAGACCCUGGAAGUAGCUUACAGGGCCUACCAGCGGAGGGCGCUGCACGCCACCGUGCAUCACAUGCUGCCCCCCCAGCGAGAACCAGGACCGCUCUGCACUAAGUCACCUCUGAGGCAACCCGUCAAUCAGCAGCGCUCUCACUCCCCCCAAAGACCACAGGCCAGCCAGCGCCCUCGGUCCCACUCGCCCCAGCGUCCCUGGGUCUCUCGGAGACCCCUCUCCCCCGAACGACACCCCCCCACCCAGAGUAGCAGAAGCCCCACCUACACCCAGGCCGGAACCCGUAGCCCCACCUACCCCCAGGCCGGAACCCGUAGCCCCACCUACCCCCAGGCCGGAACCCGUAGCCCCACCUACCCCCAGGCCGGAACCCGUAGCCCCACCUACCCCCAGGCCGGAACCCGUAGCCCCACCUACCCCCAGGCCGGAACCCGUAGCCCCACCUACCCCCAGGCCGGAACCCGUAGCCCCACCUACCCCCAGGCCGGAACCCGUAGCCCCAACAACGCCCUGGCCGGAACCAGUAGCCCCACCUACCCCCAGGCCGGAACCAGAAGACCCACUUCCCCCCAGGCCACAACCAGAGCCCUCACCUCUCCCCAGCCUGCAACCAGAAUCCCUAUCUCUCCACAGGCCAGAGUGACCUUUGCUGAAGAACAGGUCCAGCAUCAGUACCCUGGUUCAGGCAAUGGGAGGGACUUUCACACCCUGGAUGUCAGUGAGGCCCAGUUCUCAGGAGACCAGAGCCCGCAGGAGGGCAGCUCCCCUCCCCCCAGACGCCUGUCAUCCACCCCCCUCUCCCUCUCUAGGAGUCACCCAGAGCCUGUGGAAGAGGCUGAGGUAUCGUCACUGGUAUUUCCUGAGAGGCAGCACUCCCCCCUCCCCACCCCCCACCAAGAGGUGCCGUUGUCGGGAGACUUUAUAUCUGAACUCUCCCCACACCAUAGCCCUCAGCUCCAGAGCACUGCGCGAGACCAGUGCAGCCCGCCACAGGUACCGCAGAGUAUCUUCUCCAGUUCCGAGUCGUCUCCUCAGCCGGAGAGGAUAAGCGUUGCAGAUCUCACAGAGCCUUUGUCAGAGCCCAGCCACAUUCCAGAGCUGCUCCUGGACACAGUGUGUGCUGAGGAGGAGGCUCCUAAUGGGCCCCUAACUGCCCCCCCAUCUCGGGCCCCUUGGGACCUCACAGGAACACAGACCCGCGGUGAAUUCCAGCAAAUUCUAGAUGAAAGUGGCAGACAGCAGGAGGAGCAGCAGAGAUGGGAACGAGAGAGGAGAGAGAGAGAAGAAAAACGACAGCACGAAAGAGAGGAAGCCCAGGAGAGGGAGUUGAGGGAACUGGAGAGAUUGGAACAGGAAAAGUUACGGGGAGAAAGGCCUCGUCUUAACGAGGGGGAUGAGGGGAGGGAGGAAAUGGAGCGGGCCGCAGAGGAGAACGCUCCACCCUCCGACCCCCUCCAGAAGUACAUGAAGAUGGUGAUGGAGCAAAGACAGCAAGCACAGAGCCCUGCUGGAGGAGACGAGCCAGAACACAGGAGCCCCUACGGCCUGAGUCUGUCUGAGAAAGAUGACAGCAUUGCUUUCUCACAUGAGGAUGUUGAUGAUUUUUGGUGAAGAGGUCUUGAGGAAGAGGAUGGAUGUCCAUCAAUAAUGGGAUUAGAAUGAUAUUUUUACUGUAAAUAGGUUUGAGACUUGUUGCCUCAUAGUUUUAUAAUGUUCCUUGUUUACUUUUCCAUACAGAGAUUUACAUGAUAGCUGACAAUGUGAUAUGUUUGUACGAAUCUUGGUUCUGUAAACAUUAAUAAACCUUGUAUUUAUAAACUUCAUGUGUAUUUAUGUAUUGUGAUAUGGAUGUUAUGGCUAUUGGAAUGGGAAAUAAAUGCUUUACAUGA